GUAAAGAAGAGAGAGGACGGAGGAUAUGAUGAAAAGAGCGAGGAUGAGAGACAGAACAAGAGAGAGAGGAAGAGAGAGGAAGAGAGAGGAGAGGGGAAAGAGUGGUUAAAGAAGACAGAACAGAAACAUGAUGAAAAGAGUGAGGACCAAAAGAGAGAGGAAAAGAGAGAGUGA